UUUUUUUACGUCCACAUUUUUUGAUUUCUGCUGCUUGCCGUAGUUUUGGCGCGCACAGUCAAAAUAUAAAUAGUACUUAAAAACAUGGAGGAAGCCAGUGUUUCAGCUCAUAAUGAGGCUGCGGAAGAAAAUGAAAAUAUUUCCACUGAAAAACUGAGUGCGGGGGAAGUUUCCUCGGACACGUCGAAGCAGGACGCUGCUGGUAAAUCGAUGGAGGAUACGAGAACUCCGUACAACCGGGUGAAGUUAUUCGAAAAAGUCAUGCAGAAGAGCCUCAACAAGUUCAUAGAGCAUGCCAGUUUUAAAGGAUUUGCCAGCAUGUUUCGCCCGCUGUACAAGAAGAACCCUCAGAUGAUUGAGAGAAUUCACAAUCAGUUUAUCGAGGAGCUGCGGAAAGCUAUACAGGAGGACAUCGCCAAACUGACUGAAGAAGGGAUGUUGGACUUCAAAUUGAAUGAAAUGGACAAACUGGAGAACGCUGUCAAGGAUGAUCCGGAGCCUGCAUGGCGACCAAGUGGAGUUCCUGAGCAGGACUUUUGCAGCUUUGUGAUGCCCUUCUAUCAAAAGCAGGAAGCCUACAUGAAACUGGAGCUGAAAAAGAUUCAAGCAGAGAACGCUGCUCUGGCAGAGAAGGUUCAAGCUGGUAGAGAGAGCAUUGCUCAGACAGAACUACGCAUUUCCACAACUGUGGAAGACUGGAAGGCAUCAGAGGCAGAAUUUGAAAAAGUGGCUUCUUCUUUCGGCCCUGCUGAUGUGUUUGAAGUGUGA